ACCAACAGUCCGCGCGAUCGUUCACGUCGAAGUAUUAGUGAAGUGAGUGAAGCUGGAGAGAGAGGGAGAGAGAAAGAGAAAAGUAACCAAGAGAUAAAAAAGGGAAGAGAGGAUCGUGAAUGAGCGAGAGGAAGAUAUCGAGACCGGCUGCAUACGUGUGCGAGAGGGAAAACUGAGGGAUAGAAAUAAAAGUGGAAAGGAAGAGGAAAGGAACGUCGCGUCGGAGGGAGCUUGAGAGCAAGAGAGAGAGAGAGGGAGGGAGAGAGUGAGAGAGGGAACAGUGAGUCGGAAAGAGCGAAAGAGAGGGGAAAGCACGCUACGAGCCAUGCCGCACAGUCUCGCCUGAACAAAGGAAGGCUCCCUCAACCGAGGGUCGAUUCCGAUCGACGAACCGUUGGUCCCCCUUCGUUAGUCUUCGCCGCGCCUCGUGCGGCACGAGUGUGUACGAAGCGGUCAGUCACGUAGCAGCGGCCGAGCCGUGCGGAACAAAGAGCGGAACAGUUGAAAAGAGGAACGGCAGAGAACGAGAAGCAAGCGUGCGUCUGUGAACCGGCUCGCCGGCAAAAGAGACAGAGAGGAAAAAGACAAACCGAAGAAUAAUAUACGUGCUUUUUGACGGGUCGUUUCGUUCCCAUUGGUCGAUAUAGAAGCCCAAGCACACGCACACGUACGUGCUCUCUUUUGAACGCGGAGGGAAUUCCUUGGUAUUCGUUGAAAUUUUCCAUCGGAAUCGGCUCCGAGUGUAUGCGGGCACGUUCGACAUCGCCCCCGCGUAUCGUAUCUGGCUGCAAUUUGUGUCGAAGUUGUUCAACGCCGAGGAAACGCGUGUGUGCUCUUUCUAUCAAGGUGCUUUCGUAUUUCAAGUUCAAGUCCGAAGAGAGACCGAAGGACACAUCGAGUCAGAUCUUCGACUGACAGGUUCCUGCGUGCAUGCGUGCCGAACGUACCGGCAACCUAACCUAACGACCGUUCGCACUCCGUACCGCCAGUACCGUCGGUGACCAACGGCCGUCGUUCAUUUGUACGCAAACCAACGAGAACCGAUCGUCGCGUACAUUGUUGCUGCCGAAAGUGCUAGGAAGCUCGACCAAGUGUGACGAAAGCAGGAUCCGGAUAUACGAACAAAAAAAGUGACUAAAGGCGACCGAUCCACACCGUCUACAUCUCCCGCUUUGUGUGACAUGUGCCACAGGAACACUGUGCGAGUUUGAAAGAAGUAGAGCGUUUUUUCUCGACAAAAAAAUAGAAUAUAAAAGCAGUGUGCUCUCCGUUCAACCACCUACGGAUUAUCCUCGUAUUUACGGUGAGUCCUGUGCUACUCUCGAGAGGUUCUUCUUCGAAACACGAUAAAUCUGCAACUGCCAAUUGCAAGGUUUACAAGAGUUGAGUUCCAAGGGUAAGUCGGGUUUCCAUACAUCUUCUUUCGUAGCUGUUGUAGACGCAUUUGAAUCAAGAUCAAGAAAUCUGUGCUUCCUUUUCUGCAGAGCUGGGAACAGUGUGUAAAACAAUUUAAGGGAUGCCGGUUGACUGAAGAUGGCCUCGCCGACACUCUCGCUGGAAUCGCGUGCGAAUUCCAUCGGGUCCUUGGCCUCGCUGUCUCCGCUUACGGUGAGCGGCAGUUCUCCGCCUGCGAGCGACUCCGCGAUCUGCGACGUCGACAGCUGCGAUCUCUGCCUCGACUCACAGAAACCUGGGGAGGCGCCCUGCCCACGGUGCCGAUUAGGAGGCGCCGGCGGCGUCCGCUGCACCGGUUGCAAAUCGACCGAGUCCGACGCAGUAGCUCGUUGCUUCGAUUGCGCGAAUUUCCUUUGUCCUAACUGCGUGAUGGCGCACCAGUUCAUGCACUGCUUCGAGGGCCACCGGGUGCUGAACCUGGGCGACUCGAAACUGGAGACAGUGAACAGCUCGGCAAGCACCGAGCUGCCAAAGAACAACCUUGUGAUCAACGGCGGCGGCAACGGAAACGGCGAGAAGGUGCCCUACUGUUCGCGGCACAAACAGGAGCUGUUCAAAUACUUCUGCCGCACUUGUACCGUGCUGGUCUGCAAGGAGUGCACCAUUACAGAUCAUCCGGCCCCGUUGCACGAUUGCGCGCACAUCUCCGAGGUCGGCACGCAACAGCUGGAAGCGAUGGCGAGAGUGGUGCAAGAGUGCAGAGCUAAAGCAGCAGAUGUCAGAGCUGCCGUGAAGGCAGCGGACCACGGGGCAGCCCGGUUGCAGGUCCAGUACCAUAAAGCGCAGAACGAGAUCAACGACACUUUCCAGUUCUACAGAUCCAUGCUCGAGGAGCGCAAGGGCGAGCUCCUGAAGGAGCUCGAGUCCGUCUUUUCCACCAAACAGAUCUCCCUCGGCGUGUUGACGCAGAAGGCCAACGAGAUGGCCGAUAAAAUACUCCAGACCUGCGAGUUCGUCGAACGAUUGACCAAGUACACCACCGUCACCGACGUGCUGAUGGUCAAGAAGCUCCUGGACUCGAAGCUUCAGGUGCUGCUGAACUACACGCCGGACAUCGGCAGCCAAACCGUCGAUCUCGAGUUUGUUAGCAACUACCAAGCCAUCCAAGUCGGCGUUCGGAACACGUUCGGCUAUGUGCGGAGCAACAACGAGAGCAAUGCCGGACCCAUCGGCAAGCAACCGCCGAUCGCUCGACCAACCGCGCUAUCCAGCAACGGCAACAACGGUAGUAACUCCAGCAAUGGACCCAGCAGCGCUGGGUCCCUGGGCGGUCUUCUCAUGGACCGACCCUACAGCAACGGCCUGAUACCUUCUACCUCAACCUGUGUGUCGUCCACCUCGCCGUCGUCGUUCGACACCAACAGCAGCGUGAUCACGAAACGCUUCAGCUCUGCCAACAGCCUGGGCCCGUUCUCGACGGCAAUCAGCGACCUGAACCUGAACGGCAUCAACACGAACCCCUACGAGAAGUGGAGCAACGGCGGCAGCGACGCCUAUCCGGUGGUCACCACGAACGACCACUUCUCGAUGCCAACGUCCGCGGCCGCUGUUGCGAACGCUGCGUCCGGCGACUCGGUGCUCGAUCUGACCUCCAAGCUGAUGUCGGCCGCGGCGAUAUUCCCGCCGAAGUCGCAAAUCAAACGACAGAAGAUGAUCUACCACUGCAAGUUCGGCGAGUUCGGUGUGAUGGAGGGUCAGUUCACCGAGCCGUCCGGGGUUGCGGUGAACGCGCAGAACGACAUAAUCGUUGCAGACACGAACAAUCAUCGCAUCCAGAUCUUCGACAAGGAGGGCAGGUUCAAGUUCCAGUUCGGGGAAUGCGGCAAACGGGACGGCCAGCUUCUAUACCCGAACCGUGUCGCCGUGGUGAAGACCUCCGGCGACAUCAUCGUGACGGAACGGUCGCCCACGCACCAGAUACAGAUCUACAAUCAGUACGGUCAGUUCGUGCGCAAGUUCGGCGCGAACAUUCUGCAACACCCGCGCGGCGUCACGGUUGACUCGAAGGGACGCAUCGUGGUCGUCGAGUGCAAGGUGAUGCGCGUGAUCAUCUUCGACCAGGCCGGGAACGUGUUGCAGAAGUUCGGCUGCUCGAAGCACCUAGAGUUCCCGAACGGCGUGGUCGUGAACGACAAGCAGGAGAUAUUCAUCAGCGACAACCGGGCUCACUGCGUCAAGGUGUUCAAUUACGACGGCGCGUACCUGAGGCAGAUCGGCGGCGAGGGUAUCACGAACUACCCGAUCGGGGUGGGGAUCAACGCCAUCGGCGAGAUACUGAUAGCAGACAAUCAUAACAACUUCAACCUGACGAUUUUUACGCAAGACGGCCAGCUGGUGUCCGCCCUCGAGAGCAAGGUGAAACACGCUCAAUGCUUCGAUGUCGCAUUAAUGGACGACGGAUCGGUCGUGUUGGCCAGCAAGGAUUACCGACUCUACAUUUAUCGUUACGUACAAGUACCACCGAUCGGCAUGUAGACCAACGACACGCAGCGACGCCGACAAUGAUCGUCGACCGUCGUUCUCAUCGUUGUCGUUGUUUAUUUUGCCGGGAUUGUUUUCAACUUUGGCCGAACGGCCAGGAUCUCAUCGAUCUUUUUUUACUUACACUUGCCUAUCUUCUUCUUCGUCCACCUACUACCACUGCUCGUGCUCACUUCGCCUAUCCACCUUCGCCCGCUCGACCCACCUCACUCCCGUUUACGAGACGCCGAUUACGAGAAGCCAAAGGCAAGCGCACGCGAGCGAACCAUACGCUGACGAUGAUCGAGUUGUCGAAAUUCAAGGUGACAGGCCUUAUACCUUACACGAGUAUACGCAAAGGACAUUUCGCGGCGAUCCGCGAACGCGCGCGACGUAGACCACAAGCAAAGAGAAACUGUGACAGAGAGAAUGAGGGUGAGAGUGCUUUCAGAGAGAGAGAGAGAGAGAGAGAGAGAGAGAGAGAGAGAGAGAGAGAGAGAGAUAUGGAGAAAGGUGUGUGUGUGUGUGUAUGAUAGUGGGAGAGACUCGCGACGAUUGCCGUCUAUUCGCGCGCGUUCGCGCGUGCUACUUUGUUCCGGCACCGAGAACGGGCCUUGAGAAAUAACUGCUUCAAGACAGAGACCGGCAGUCGCUCUCGCGUUCCGAUCUCUGUUCGAAUUGACCGUGAUCGAAAAGGAACGGAAGAGGAACGCGAGUUGGAGGCACCCGGCGCCGGGAGAGACGCUCGCGCGUCGCUUGCAAUACGCAUACGAUGCUCUUCGAGGCGCAUACGCGCAUGCGUGCGAUAGAAAAAAAGAACACGAGAGAUACAAGGAACACAGAAAACGAAAAAAACAAAAAACGAAACGGAAAUAAGAAAACAAAAACCGCCUGGCGACAUCGGAGCGCCCACUUUGUUGCGUGCGCGUCACGUUUCACGCGCGCACGCGCCGACACGAAAAGACACACGAGACGUGUAAGCGCAUACACGCGGAAAACUUACUUGUUAAUGUUGUUAUAACUGAAAAUACUGUUGUUGUUGUUUAGUUGUAGAGCUCGCCGCCGCUAGUCACUGUAACCCUGUCUCCCACAGCCUACUCCGAAAAACCACCCUUCACUCUCGCCACUCGUUCAUUUCUCCUUUUGACUUUUCCCGCUUCCCGGGACUCCGAAACCCGCAAACCCACAUUCCCGGGCCUGUUUCUCCUUUUCUCGUCCAAAUCCUCCCGAUCGAAAACCCGCGAGGAACGUUUUUCCUCCGAGACAUACGCUCUCGAACGUAUCACGUUUCCGCACGCAUUUCUUCUGGGUUGUGCAAAAAGAUGAACACCACGUUCUACCCGUCCGUAUUCGACACGAUUCUCUUCCGAUUUGGUAAUCACCGGGCUUGAAAACUUGAAUCGACGAUCAUGCACGACGGGGAAACGCGAAGCUCGUUUCCGUCGCGUUCUAUUUUUUCGUUUCGCUCGCUCUUUCGAUUCCCCUCCCUCUGUUUUCCUCGCGUGCGCGCGAAAUCAGCGCGGGACCAGCUCGAAAAGCACUCCUCGAUCGACGUCUAACACCUUCGGGAUCAACCGCGGAUCGAACGGACGAUCGAACGUGCCACGUCGACGUCCGGUACCCUUCGUUUUACCCUCGGUUAGGUGGUUAAGCGAACGUUCUUUUUAACAAGCGCACGCUCGAGUUUGUCCCCAUACUUUUCGGUCCUGUUUCCGUAAAGGUCAACGACAACUACGAAUCCGGGCCGAGUUGCGUUUAACGUAUGACAGCGACGACAGUCCAGUCUUCGUCCAAUCGUUUAACUCUUGAUCCUGUAGAUUACUUUCCUAUUCUACGUUCGUUUCUCCUUGUUUUACUCGUUUGUACAUUGUACUCUGUUCGACUUCAGCUCCGUUUUUACUUUACUGUCCGCGAUCGGUUUUGUUCCCUUGACGAUCGACAGCGCGGAGACGAUCUGUCGUGAAGCAGGUGCGAGAGCUCGGAGAGAGAAUUCCCGUGAGAAGACCGAGGAGUCAUCGCUCUGAGUGGCUGAUCCUCGACUUCCAUGUGGGGCUGGACCGACGAUGUGCUCGAUCGACCGCCGAUUUUUCAAUAAGAUCAGCGGCAGAAAUCGUGCGAAAGGCUGGAUCCUCGCGCGUCACGGUAACCCGCUCAAAGAGACGCGGAACCUAGAAACGCGCCCGCCAUUCUAUUCCCAAUCCCGUUCUCCCAUUCUUCUCUAGAUCUGACUAUACUUUUAUUCGUAGUGGUGUUAACGUAGUGAGUAGUUGUAGUGAGUUUUUUCUCUCUUUUUUAUUAAUUUCUCUUGUUCUUCUACUCCUAUCGUUUCUUUUCUUUUGUUUUUCUUAGUAAAGACUUAGAUGAUCAAUUAUUUACUCUGUUCAUUUGAUUUACCUUCCCCUUCUACCGCUGUUUUCGUUGCGCUCUACCGCUCGGGUCUUCCGCGAUCCCAUUCAACAACAGACGCUCCUUAGCGUGUGCGUAUCCGAUUGUCCACCGUCAUCCGAAUCAUCGACGCACACCGAAUACCACACUGCCACUACCGUCAGCCGCUCUCCCACUCCAAAAAACGAAACUACGCAAGACAAUGACCAAUCUACUCCCUUUAGUACGACUAGUAAUGAAACUGAUUUUUGCGCUAGUGUUCUUCUGACUUUGAAUUAUACAUAUAGUAUUAAUAUAUUUUGUUGGAUGAGUCGACGAUGACAUGAGCCUGGUUGGGGCUCUAUGACGCGACCUCAU